UCAGCGGUAGCGGGGCGGGCAGAACAACAUCCAGUUAUCCUCACAUCUUAAACUUCUUCGUGUUUAGCUGCUUCUCAACUGUCCGGCCCUUUUAUGUUUUUUUUAAUGCCGAGGUCAAGUCAGAGUACAUACGCCUUUUAUCAGACACCAGUUCCAUCUUUUGAAUUAGGAGUUAACCUCCGUUAUUCUAAUAAUGUUCUGAUGGAGUUAGCUGUGUUAGCUUAGCAUGCUAACAUGUCAUUGAAAUCAAAGCUAACGUAAGCUACUAAUCUCGCGACGACUUUUUAGCCAACAGCAUGAACUACCCCCCCACAAAGCGCCUCCGAGGCCUGAACCAUGAUGUUGUGACAGCGAUGCCCUUUGACGACCCAUUUGGAGGUGACGAUGAUUUCACACAGGAUGACUUGGAUGAGAUUGACGUCAUCGCCUCCCAGGCCGUCACCUCAACCGCUGCGUCUGGACAUGAGUCUAAACCGGUGACCAAACCGAUGGAGCCGGCCCGUGGGUCUGCAGGGUCAUCAUCUGCAGGGUCGAGCAAAUCUGUGAACAAAACCACAAACAAUCAGAGCAGAGAGAACACGUUUGGAUUCGGCAGCAGCAUCAGAGGGAAUGCUGGGACACCAAAGAGAGAGCUUCAUGGCAGCAGGCAGCAGCAGUUCGGGUCAGACAGAGAAGACUCCCACAGUCAGCUGGAGGCUCAGCAUGCAGAGCUAAAGAGGAAGUUGAAGGAGGUGGAGGAGGAGAUUGUGCUGAAGAGCGGCGAGAUCCGGGUCCUCAGGGACUCUCUGAAAGGAACUCAGCAGGAGAAGGAGGCCCAGAGGCAGAACCAGAUCCUGCUGGAGACUCAGAGGCAGAGAGAGCACAGCGAGAGAGAGAAGGAGCUCAACAGGAAGGUCCAGUCUUUGCAGACGGAGCUGCAGUUUAAAGAAGCAGAGAUCAAUGAAAUGAAGACCAAACUCAGUACAGACAAAAACAAGACGGCCUCACCGCUGCCUAGAAACAGUCCUAAAGUACUUAGCAGUCUGGCCCAGCUGCAUCAUGGGAGCAGCAGCAACUCGUCCUCUCCAACAGCAAACGGUUUCAUCACCAAGGAGAUGUUUGGAGCCGGCAUCCCGACCAGAACGACCCCGGUGAAGACGCGGCGAGACGACAGGGGGUCCAGCAGCAAAUCUGGAGACAGACUGGAAGUAACUCGCCCAGAUCCCUUCCUGUCUGUCAGACCGGCACACCUGCAACACAGAGGUGGCGUCCUGCUGGGGUUGUUGCUGCAGCAGCCUUUGUCUCCCAGCAGCCUCGGCCUCUCUCACUUGCUGUCCAUGAGUCUAACGGACAACCACCUGACGUCCAGCAGACUGUCAGGAGGUUUUCCCUCUGACGCUGCAGCCAGUGUAAGUGCCGGUGGAGCUCCCAGAGCUGCUCCGAGUCUGGUCCAGAGUUUGGCUGUAACUGGACUCAACAUGCUGAGUCAGAGCCGAGCAGAAGCUGCAGCCAGCGGCAGAAACAAAAGGUCGUGUCCUGGAGCCGUCCUCCUCCUCCCCCUGCUGGACCUCCACCUGUCUCGACUCUGUCAGGCCCUCGACACGCUCCGGUCCUCGUCUUCUGAAAGCACGAGUUCAAACUCUGCUGCUGCCAGCUCGCUCCCAGCGGGCCGUACUGCUCAUGCUUCUGGACCAGGGAUCCUGGAGGAGACUGGUUUGACUGGUUUCAGUGUGGAGGACUCGGGUUUGGCUGCUCUGAGGCUCCUCUACCUGCUGCUCGCCCACAGCGACGAGGUGGUGCAGGCUGUGGUGUCAAAAGACAGUCGGAGCAGAGACACGGACAAAAAGGUGGAGUGCUCUGCUGCAGAUGUGGGUCUGUGCUCCCAGAAUGCCUUGCUGCAGUCAGUGUUGCGGCUCUGUGAAGCAGGUACAGGUGGUAGUGAGAGCAGUUCACAGAGGGAGGAGCUCGUCCUCAGUGCCAUGAAGACACUGUGUGUCCUCAUUCAGAGGACGAAAGACACACACACUGACAGGUUGCAGUGCGUGUUGCAGGUGGUGUGUGCGUGUUUGUCAGCAGACAGCAGGCUGCAGACGGUCUCAGAGUGUGUGUCUGUCCUCAUGUCCACGUCCGACCGUCAGACUCUGUCUCAGCAGCUCUGCUCCCAGCACGACCCGUGUGUGUUCCUGAAGUUGUUCCAGUUCAUCAGGACCCGACCAGACAAUCAGGCUACACACACAGACUGGAUUCUUCUGGACCUGCAGGUUGUUCGUUUGCUGAGCAGACUGAUGACUCAGCGAGCAGAGAGCUGGAGCAGCAGCCAGCGCAGCAGCUGUCCCUGUAACGCAGAGCUGGUUCAGACGGUGGUGAUUGUUUUCCACCGUCAGUGGUUGGAUCUCCGAGGUGCUCAGGAGCUGACGGACUCAACAGGUCUGACCUCGCCCUCGCAGCAGUGCCCCGCCCCCUCGUCGCCAUGGUGGCAGAGCACGGCGGCGUCUCUGCUCAGAGAGUGUCUGCUGCUGCUUCACUGGCUGCUGCUGCAUCACGGCAGCUUCUCGGAGAGCUGCAGGCCGCUGCUGCACAUGUACGACCAGGUGAUCCCCGCCGUACGAGACACGCUGAGGAAGAUCCCCGAGCUGAGCGAGAGCGAGGAGCUCGCUCUGGAGGAGAUCUGUCGCUCGGAGGGCGAUGACACUGACGACAUGGACACCGACACUGGCUCCUGAUUGGCUGCUGCUGCUGCUCCACCAAUGACCAAUUAAUAGACAUGUAGACCAGUUUACCGACUAAUGCUUGAACUUUUCAAACUGAGACGAGGACGGAGCGAAGGCUGUGUUCUGACACGCUGAUGAAGUAAAAUAAAAAGACUGAAGAGAAAAUAAAAUGAUCAGGAUGAAAGAGUGAGAGGAUUUAUUCUGCAGUCUGAUGAGAUUAAUAAAACUUGAAGGUGAGGAAAAAACGAACCCAUCUGAGUUUA